GAUGGAUUGGCUCCAAGCGCACCACACGUUUGUGUAUUUCCAUGUUGGUACGAGCGUCUAGGAUGCUUGAACCUGCUUUGCUGUUGGCCAGACUGCCGCUCAAUCACUAGCCAGCCUGUAUAUGCUUACACUCACACUAUGUAUUUAAGUGCCCAUCGUCCAUAGGUAAACUGGAUCUCAUUUCUCGCUGCCUCAUGGACACCCUCGCCAAUGGUCCUCUUAUGUGUUCCUCUAGCUUAAAAGCUGCGUUCACAAAUCACCCAUGUAAGAGCCUCACCCGCUCACAAUGUUUGCUUCCUCUUUCAAUCCCGCUGUCCGACCUCCCUCAGGCUCCCGUAGUGGAGCAGCCAAAAAUUAUUUCCUCCCGGUUCCGUCGGGCUUCUCUCUCCAGGUCUUCAAGGCCCCGACGAUGUCUGCACGUCCACAUGCAGCGAAAGUGGACUUAGACUACCGCCCUAUGGCACGGGCGGACUCCCAGUCCAGACAACAGUCCGGACACGUUCCUCGCCAGCAGGAACCCACGAGGAAGCUAUUAAAGGCUCCUCCGCCCGAGGAGCCUGGCUUUUCUAAGCGGUCGCACGAGUACAGGCAUGGCUCGGGGAGAUAUGCCAUUCAUGCCGGACCUGUGCCCGACACAUACAUUUAUGAGCGCUCAAUAUCGUCCAAGGCUGAGUACCCCUACUCGCCUUCUGACGUAACAAGUGAAUGCGACUCCAUAUUCUCGGUCAACACGCAGAUCUCCUCCGGCUCAUCGAGCAGCAGUGUCACCGAUAGCCCUCCAAACACACGAAUGCUUCAGAUCAGAGCUGCCUCGCCAAGCCCUGAACAAGCUCGUUCACGUUCACCUCCUUCGUACCACCCCAGGGGUAUGGCCUCUUUCCCACAAGGACAUUCAUGCCCUUCAUGUGGUGAAGCGAGUCCCCCGACUAGAACAUCAUCUGGGACUGCCAAUAAGGGGAACUAUGCCCCUUAUCCUUCACGUCCACUCCCUACGCCCCCAGUGAGCGCCAGAGUACGUAAGGACAGCAUUCUCUUGGCGAGCGAACGCUCUAUUAUGUCAUAUGACACCCGCCAGCACUCGACAUCACUCAAGCAUGGUGAACGCAUACCAUUCCCGACUCCACCAGCGGAUCAGCAAGGGAGAGGAAACGUGGGCAUGCAGCUGUCGCGCUCAUCGUCCCUCAAGGGGAACCUCUCCAUUACUAUCCCACCGCCUCCGGGCUUGGACUUGGUCCCUGGUGGUCAUUACGAGUACCCUCCUGUACAGGGACCCGUGUUGGACACUGAACCAAUUUAUCGCCCACCUAGCGUACCACAUCGCCGAAAUUUUGAUGGCGACCACGCACAGGUCUUGCCACAGCGGCCGGUAUGCCCCGCUAUGGUUGCACGAUCUGUACGGUGGUGCGAUGACUUGAUAUGUCCAUCUCCUAUUUUCCCGAAUCAGAGAAGGAAGGGGUGGUUUAAUCGCAGAGGAGACCAGCUCUGGCGAAAUGAUGGUUCCUACCGGGCACCAGCACCAGGAGAGGCAUACCCUCCUGAUCUUGAGGGCUAUCCGGAGCCCGGAAAUGGGUGGCAGAAUGAGGAAGGAACUCGCAUUGACAUCGGCCAUCGUUUGGUACCCAAACCUCCCCUGCGCUCUGUAUUGAAGCCAACAAAUUAUAAGAGUCAGGAUGGUAUCAUCGCUGGUUACCUCACCGCUGUCCCCUCCUCGCCGACAUCUGACGACGAGUGACAAUCCGAUGUGCCAUGAGUCCGCCACUCCACUUCGUUUUCUAACACGGACACUCUUCAAAGCUCUUUCCGAUCAGCUUUUCACUUUUGAUGAUUAU